CCUGGUGCGGAACAUUUCGCAACUGCUCUCCUCUCUCCUCUUGUCCGGCUGUUUUUCCAUUUUCGGGCUCCUGUUUUUGAGUACUUUGCCCUCUGCAUUUGGGGAGAGGGGCUGGAAAGCGGUGGGGUAGAGAGUCCAGAGAAGAAGGAAGCGAGGCCGGAGGAGGAGUAGGAUCGGCGGAUAGUGGGGAGGAGACCCCACGCCACCCUUUCUGGUCAUCUCCUCUCCCGCCCCGCCCCUGCGCACACUCCCUCCUGGGCGAGCUACUUUGGGACCAGGAAAGUGAGGGCGGCCCUAGGUGACAGCGCUGCAGGGCCAGUCCCGGGAAAGCCGCGCUUCUGCUCGCGUCUCGUUCACCACGCUUCCAGCCAGGGGCACAGCCCGGACCGAGGAUGGCUUCGACCACAACCUGCACCAGGUUCACGGACGAGUAUCAGCUUUUCGAGGAGCUCGGAAAGGGGGCAUUCUCAGUGGUGAGAAGAUGUAUGAAAAUCCCUACUGGACAAGAAUAUGCUGCCAAAAUUAUCAACACCAAAAAGCUUUCUGCUAGGGAUCACCAGAAACUGGAAAGGGAAGCCAGAAUCUGCCGUCUUUUGAAGCACCCCAAUAUUGUGCGGCUUCAUGACAGCAUAUCAGAAGAGGGCUUCCAUUACUUGGUGUUUGAUUUAGUCACUGGAGGUGAACUGUUUGAGGACAUAGUGGCAAGGGAGUAUUACAGUGAAGCUGAUGCCAGUCAUUGCAUUCAGCAGAUCCUGGAGGCUGUGCUACACUGCCAUCAGAUGGGCGUAGUCCAUCGGGACCUGAAGCCUGAGAAUUUGCUUUUAGCUAGCAAAUCCAAAGGAGCAGCUGUGAAACUGGCAGACUUUGGCUUAGCCAUAGAAGUUCAAGGAGACCAGCAGGCGUGGUUUGGUUUUGCUGGCACACCUGGAUACCUUUCUCCAGAAGUUUUACGUAAAGAUCCUUAUGGAAAGCCGGUGGAUAUGUGGGCAUGUGGUGUCAUUCUCUAUAUUCUACUGGUGGGAUAUCCACCCUUUUGGGAUGAAGACCAACACAGACUCUAUCAGCAGAUCAAGGCUGGAGCUUAUGAUUUUCCAUCACCAGAGUGGGACACGGUGACUCCUGAAGCCAAAGACCUCAUCAAUAAAAUGCUUACUAUCAACCCUGCCAAACGUAUCACAGCCUCAGAAGCACUGAAGCACCCAUGGAUCUGUCAACGUUCUACUGUUGCUUCUAUGAUGCACAGACAGGAGACUGUAGACUGCUUGAAGAAAUUUAAUGCUAGAAGAAAACUAAAGGGUGCCAUCUUGACAACUAUGCUGGCUACAAGGAAUUUUUCAGCCAAGAGUUUGUUGAAGAAACCAGAUGGAGUAAAGGAGUCAACUGAAAGUUCAAAUACAACAAUUGAGGAUGAAGAUGUGAAAGCACGAAAGCAAGAGAUUAUCAAAGUCACUGAGCAACUGAUCGAAGCAAUCAACAAUGGGGACUUUGAAGCUUACACAAAAAUCUGUGACCCAGGCCUUACCGCUUUUGAACCUGAAGCAUUGGGUAAUUUAGUGGAAGGGAUGGACUUUCAUCGAUUCUACUUUGAAAAUGCUUUGUCCAAAAGCCAGAAACCAAUCCACACUAUUAUCCUGAACCCCCAUGUGCAUCUGGUGGGCGACGAUGCUGCCUGCAUAGCUUACAUUAGGCUCACACAGUACAUGGAUGGUAGCGGAAUGCCAAAGACAAUGCAGUCAGAAGAGACUCGCGUCUGGCACCGUCGGGAUGGAAAGUGGCAGAAUGUUCAUUUUCAUCGCUCGGGGUCGCCAACAGUACCCAUCAAGUAAAUAUUCCCAGGCUGUCAGCUUCUUUGUUAAUAUACCCAUGGUCAGCUCCUUCUACUUAUUCCAUUGUUAAUAGCAUGACAUAUGUUAUUUAAUGCUGGUGGUCAGUUACAUUGGUGGGAAUAAAUGCCUUGGUAAACAGUCUACAAUUCUCUGGAAAGAUUAAUCAGACUAGGCAUUUGUGAGUUGAAAUUUGGCAUAGAGCAGUCUGCAAAAGUUUUAGAUGGGAACUAGAGGAUACUCUAUCAAGCUGAUUUCUGUUAGGGUUAACUUAGGAGGAUUCAUGUAAUCCGGCAAAAUAUUUGUGACUUUAUUGUCACUGUUGGCAAAGGAAAGGAAUGUGGCAGGAAAGACUAGAGGGGAGUUUCUAAAAUGGCCAAUAAAAUACUAGGAGCUUCAUUUUAUAGAUUAUCUAUUGAGGCUCAAGUACAGAUAUUAGGAAAAAUUUAUAAAAGACAGCAUUUAAAAAGCAAAUAUCCAGUAUUUCAGUGUCUUUUACACUACACCACUCUACCUCAGAUGUUGUGUUUGUUCUCCCAGUCAGUAAUUAGACAGAUAUUUGUUACACAUCUCCUAGAUGCCUAACCUAUGCCAAAUACAGUGUGAGAUAAAAGGCUUGCCCUCAAGAAACAUACAUUCUCAUCUGGAAAGCAUCUAAUCACCAAUACCCAACAAAAAAAAAUCUAUAUAGUAAAAUUUAUAAUCAACUUCAGAGUAGAAUGGAAUGAAUUACAAAUGUAGCAAACUGUUGGAAGUACCCUUCGUGGAGAAGGUAGAGGAAUUUUGGACAAGCUCUUAAAUGAUGAGUGGAAUUUGGAGAGAGAAAAAACAAAGGGAAGAUAGUCCAAGCACAAGGAGCAUCAUGAAGAAAAGUAUGAUGUCAGGACUUUAGUAUGAUAGAAGACUAUGAAUAAGGACAGCUGGCUCCAACUGGAAGAAAGGAAAUAAUGAGAAAUAAGGUUGCAUCAAGUAAAAGUGGGGUCACAUGAAAACAAGAAUGAGAGUUGAGACUCAGCUGGUAGAAGUCUGGCCCAUUCCAGACAGUUGAUUUCAUUCCAGAUUCUCUCACCAAGGAACACGUGUUAAAUUUUGGGGUGGUAGGACAGGAGUCAAGCUUAUAACAAUGGCUGUGUAAUUUAGAGAAAGAAACAAAGGAUAUGCAAAUAAUGAAGACAUUCAUUUGUGUGACUGUGUAUUAUUGUUGUUUUUGUUUUUUUACCCCAAAGACGUACAACACAAAUUACCAGUUAACACAGAAGGAAUUACAUUCAUAUACUGCUAGAGAGUUAGGUUUUUCUAUAAUUCCCUGAAGUGUUUAUGGACUAGAGCCUAUUUAAGAAAACUUCAUUUUAUGCCAGGUGGCUCAAAUGGGGCUUCUCUUAAUAGGCCAUCCUGUAUUCCAAAUGGGAAGGAAAACUUCUCAGGAAGCACCGCUUUGUGGCAAAACAUCUAAGACCUGAAAACCAUUCUCACAUGGGUCUUGUAAGUAGCAACCAGCUCCGAUACUUUGUGAUUGGAGCUAAUGACUGAAAGGCUGCAUGGCUGUUUUCCAUUUGAGAAGAUUUUCUCUUGCAUUAUAUUCAUUGAAAACCAUUCAAGGUCUUCAAAAAUUCAUAGCAAUUAUGCAUGAGCUCUUGAGUCUAACAUUCAGCCCCUUUUUGUAGCGUAAUCUUUAUUUUAAAGGUAAUGAGCACUGAGAAGAUCCUUUCUUUAAUAUAUGGAUGUGUCGUUUUAGAAUAUCCUGGAGUUCUGGCAUCAAAAGUCAAUUAUGUCUGGGUCAAUUCAGACAACUCUCAAUUAUCCAUGCCUAAUUUAUAUUAAGCUUUAGUAUUGUUUGAUUUCUUACUGUUUUUCAAGAUAUUGCAAUUCCUGUUACUUGAUUGGCUAAGGUUAAUAUGCAAAUUAAUUUGCUGUACUUGACUGACUAUAAUGGUAUUUCACCAUGAGGACAGGUCACAGGAGAAAGUCGAGCUGAAACUUAAAACUCACAAAGUGGGUAAUUCCAGAGGAUAAUUGAAAGUUGACUGUAAUUUAAAUUCAUGCCUGCGUUGUUGUUUUUCAAGAUUUGUUUCUUAAAGUUGGAUUAAAGGGAUUCAGGUAUGUGUGUGGUGCUAUUAUAAAUAUUUUCCCCAUUCAAAGCACCGAACCUUGUCAGAGCUUUUAGGAAAUAAUGCUCCCGGCUGUUCGUUUAAAGAGGCCUCCAGUUAAAUAAGAAUAAUUGUAUUUUCCCUUCCUUUGAGGCCAUACCACUUGAUUCCGACUCAUAGCAGCCCUAUCCCUUAUUAAAUUGGUUUCUAGGUUUGAUUUCCCAAAGAGUUGAAGAAUAAUGACAAAAGCUAAUAAGGAUGGACUUAAAUUUUGAGUCUACUUCAACUAUGAAUAACAAUAUUCAGUUAUUAAUUUAUCUAGUAAAUACAAAUGCUUAAAAGGUAUAUUUAGAUUUAAUAAUGUGAUGGAA